CCCGAUCCCUACAACCUGGGAGAGCCACGAGGCUGAGAGGCUGGAGCGCCCCUCCGAAUUGAAGGGGCUCGCGGAGGUCACCACCAAAUCUGAAUCUAUGCACCCUACCAUGUCCUUCUGCCUUCACCCGCGCUGCAUUCUCCUGGCAGCUGUGGCAUUCUUGUGUGUCUGGGCCAUCUUCUGUCCUUCUGCGAUAAGGAAGGAGCUCUCCUGCACUCCUUUAAUACCAGCCCCAGCUGCACCUGUGCCCCCACUCUCCUUGCCUCACCUUCUGAUCCCUAACAUAGGAGUUUGCACAGGUCUUGGUGCCCCACUUUUCCUUCUGAUUCUAGUGAGCACAGCGCCUGACCACCAAGAGCAGAGAGAUGCCAUUCGAGCCUCUUGGGGGGCUCCUCGGGAGAUCCAGGGCUACUUGGUCCGGACACUUUUCAUGCUGGGGGAACCCAGUAAUGGUCCUUUGGAACACAUUAAGGAAGUAUUGAAACAGGAAGCCCAGGUUAAGGGGGAUAUUGUGCAAGCUGCUUUCAUGGACUCCUAUCGAAACCUUACCCUAAAAACCCUAAGUGGGCUGGCAUGGGCAGCCAGGUACUGCCCCGAUGUCCACUAUGUCCUCAAAACUGACGAUGAUGUCUACAUCAAUGUCCCCGGCUUUGUGGCUGAGCUUGAGCGACGAGGAAACGACCUGAAAAAGGACUGGCAACAAAGAUAUCUUGACAGAGAUGGAAUUGUAGCCCAUAACCCACGCCUUCCUGUACCCUACCUGUACCUAGGCCAUAUUCACCGGAGAGUCUACCCUUCCCGCUCGGAGUACAGCCGGCACUGGGUAUCAGAGGUGCAAUGGCCUUCUGCCAGGGGUCCCUUCCCACCCUAUGGUUCAGGCACUGGCUAUGUGUUAUCGGCCCCAGUCCUGCGGCUGAUUCUGAGGGCAGCUGGGGGUGUGCCUCUGAUACCGGUAGAGGAUGUCUUUAUCGGGGUGAUUGCCAAGAGGGUAGGGGUGGUCCCCAUCCACAGCAUACGAAUAGCAGGUGCCUCCCGCUACCCCAUCGAUCGCUGCUGCUUUGGGAGGAUCUUACUAAGCUCUCACCAUAUUGAACCUUGGGAGAUGAAGGAUAUCUGGGAGCUUGUGAGGGGUUCCUCAGGGAAUGGGCCACUUUGCUCCUGGCUCCAAGAAACCUUGGGAAUGCUAAGAUGUUGGGUGAUGCAACACUGGCAUUUUUGACAACUCAUAAGAGCUGAGGCUGGAGACAUCAAGAGGAAGGGGUUCGAAGAGGCUGGGGGCCACAGCCCUGUCCCACAUUCUGAAGAGCUGGGAAUGAUCAGGAGAGGGCUGAGAUCUGAGAGCUGGAUGGGCCCUGAUCAGCUGGGGAGAAAAGCCUUCCUCCCUAUCCUGAGAUGGUCGGAGGGGAUAGAGAUGAGACUGUCUCCCAGGGUGUAGUGUCUUUCUGCAGGGGCAGGAGGUGAUAGCUAUUCCUAUGAAUUAGUAAAGCCUCCUUGUUUUCUUCA